AUGGUCACUCAACAGGAAGCCGACUCGCAAGGUCGGGAAAAGACCCCCGACGUCGACGUUGAGAGCGCUCCCCCGUAUGUUACUAUUUCUUUACAAGACGAGAUUGAGGACUCCAAUAGCUCCUCAUCCGAGCUUUCUAAGCCAAUCGUCAAAGACAACGAGUCAGACUGGGGUGCAUGGAUCUGUGUCUUGGGCUCACUACUCUUUCUAAUAACCUCCGCUGGUUUCAACGCCUCCAUCGGCAUAGUCCAGUCGUAUUUCAGUCUUCAUCAACUAAAAGACAAUCCUGUCAGUGAAAUCGGCUGGAUUCCCGGUAUUUAUCUAUUUCUCUCCAUGGCCCCCAGUUUCCUCUACGGGUCUCUGCUCGAUCGUUACGGGCCUCGAGUUUUAAGUGCAGUCGGUGGUAUUUGCUCAGCCGCCACUUUUACCUUGAUGGCAGAGUGUAAGACGUACUGGCAGUUCAUGCUAUGCCUCGGGGUCUUUGGCAGUAUUGGGACUGGCAUUAAGUGCACUGUUGCUGUUGGAGUAGUGGGAAAGUUGUUUGUUCGACGAAGAGGUUUGGCUAUUGGCACUGCCGUUAUGGGAUCCUCCCUUGGAGCUAUCAUAUUUCCGCUUGUUCUUCGCUCAACGUUUGAGAAUCUUGGUUGGGCUUGGUCCAUGAGGAUUGUGGCCAUAGUGGUUAGCUGCUUGACAAUUGUAGGAUUUGUCUGUUUCCUACCCUUCAAACGACUUGCUUUCUUCAGCGCCAACAAGCAGGAUAAGUUUGAGAAGUCAGGGCCGGCAUUUUAUAUCUCGGCUUGGAAGAACCCCAGCUUCGCUUUUGUGUCCUGUGGGAUCUGCUUGAUGGAGUUUGUGAACUGUGGCAUAGGCAGUCUGCUCCCAGCUAUAUCAACUGGUGCUGGAUUCACUGCCCAAGAUGGCUAUACUCUUUUUGCAAUCAUGGGCGGUUGCUCAUGCAUUAGCCGCUUGGUCAUGGGUCUUUUGAGCGAUCGCCUCGGUGGAAUCAACUCAAUGGUCGGCACGCUAGUUCUGAUCGUCAUCUUGAUGUCUGCCGUUCUCAUCCCUUUCAGCACGACAUCUGCCGCCCUGCUAUACGUGUUCUCAGCACUUUGGGGUCUCAUGGCGGGAUCUUUCUACGCGCUGUCGCCAGUCAUCGUGGGCAAUGCAUGCGAACCAAAGGACUAUGCAAGAUAUUAUGGCUCUACCAACUUUGGUAUAGGAUUAUCGCUGCUUAUCGCCAACCCGGUGAGCGGUAUCAUGUUGGAGAAAGUGGGCGCGAAGCCUCUGGCGUUCUUCUAUCUUGGCAUUGUCGUCCUUGCGGGGGUGUCGAUUACAGUAGCUCGCGGACUGCUUCUAAGCAGCUUUAGCACUUUAAGGGCAAGGAUUUAG